AAAGUCCCACAUCCACAUCCACAUCGCACAUAGAAAAGCAUACCAUACUUAAUGCGUGCCCGCUUGGCCGGAUAUUGUCAACGACGGUUAAUGAUGCUGUAAACAAAGAUUCAGAAACGGUUAAGCUGAUUUCGACAUACGAGUGUCUCGUUCGCUUCACUUGGUACUGGAAACGCAUGCAACAAGUGCAGGUUCUCCAGCACACGGUCUCCGACAGCUGUUCCAAAUACAGCUAACAAAAUGUCGGAAAGCACCGGCGUGACUAUGGAAGCCAGCGGCGAUCUUGCUGGUCCAAGCAGGACUAGCGGGAAGGAGAGCGCCUACAUACGGACCAUCGAAUGGGACAUGAUGAACAAGACCAAGUUCUUUCCACUUUCUAUGCUGAGCUCCUUUUCGGUGCGAUGCUGCCUAUUCCCGUUGACGGUGAUCAAGACCCAGCUGCAGGUGCAGCACAAGAGCGAUAUAUACAAGGGCAUGAUUGAUUGUGCAAUGAAAAUUUAUCAAUCCGAGGGAGUGCCGGGUCUGUACCGUGGUUUCUGGAUCUCAUCAGUGCAAACCGUAUCCGGCGUCUUUUACAUCAGCACCUACGAGGGUGUCCGACAUAUACUCACUGACUUGGGCGCUGGCCACCGUCUGAAGGCUUUAGCGGGUGGUGGAUGUGCAUCGCUUGUUGGCCAGACCAUUAUAGUUCCUUUCGACGUAAUAUCACAACACGCCAUGGUCCUGGGAAUGUCGGCGCAUGCCGGCUCAAAGGCCGAUAUUAACCCACUAGGUAUUAAAAUGUGGCCUGGACGCAGCCGCUUUAAUAUAUCUAUGGAUAUAGGGCGUGAGAUAUUGCGACGUGAUGGUUUCCGCGGCUUUUACAGAGGGUACACUGCAAGCCUCAUGGCCUAUGUACCUAACUCUGCGAUGUGGUGGGCGUUUUAUCAUUUAUAUCAAGACGAACUGUGUCGGAUAUGCCCAGCUUGGGUGUCCCAUCUUUUCAUCCAAUGUGUGGCUGGCAGUUUGGGUGGCUUUACAACCACAAUAUUAACUAAUCCAUUGGACAUAGUGCGAGCACGCCUUCAGGUUCAUCGCCUAGACUCCAUGAGUGUUGCUUUCCGCGAACUGUGGCACGAAGAAAAACUGAACUGCUUCUUUAAGGGCCUCUCCGCACGCCUGGUGCAGUCGGCAGCCUUCUCAUUCAGCAUUAUUCUUGGAUAUGAGACCAUCAAACGCAUAGCGAUAGACGAGCAAUACAAGCAUCAAAUACGCUGGUAACAAACGCGACGCACAAAUCUAAAGAAAAACCACAUCAAAUCGCAUCUGCAUUUACGCAACGUACUGAGGAACCACCAGAGAUUUGUUACUGAGCCAGCUGGAGCGCAAUGCUCGGUGCUCAACCUUUGUAAAUAUCUGACGAGAUGAAUAGUAAAAAGCACAGGUUAAUUAGCUAAAUUCAAAUACAAUUAUGAUUAUUGUAGGGCGUUGAAAUGUAUCUUACAAUUAGUUAAAAACAAUUUUGUUACGCUCUGCUAUGUUUACGUACAUAACUAAUGCAAUUUAACUUAAAAAUACCCAAAGUGUUGUAGCUUAAAGUGUAGAUUUUUGCUAUAGUGAUUUUUUACGUUAUACAUACUACCAGAGGCAGGAGAAAGUUGAUGAAGAUGAUAAACAAAAAUUCAUAGAGCACAUGUAUACAUAUAUAUAGCAGUCUUGUACAUUAUUACUCUAAGAUAUGUAAUUGAUGAUGAUGUUGAUAAUAAUGUUACAAUAAUACUUUUAUAAAGCCAAUCUGGACAUUCUUAUACUAGUACUUACCUCAUUGUGUCCUUUCACUCACAACGGGGCGCCGUGAUACGGCACUUUUUCGAUGUGUGUUUUUGAAAGCCAAAAACAAAAA